CGUGCCUCCUCUUAUCAAACACAGUCGGUUUCUUUCACUCUCUCACAACUUCUCAGUUUGCAUAAUCUAAAGUCAGCAUGGUGAACAAGGCCGUUUGUGUGCUCAAAGGCACCGGUGAAGUGACCGGCACCGUCUAUUUCAACCAAGAGGGUGGAAAGCCAGUGAAGGUGUCUGGUGAAAUUACUGGCCUUACUCCAGGAAAGCAUGGUUUCCACGUCCAUGCUUUUGGUGACAACACAAACGGCUGCAUCAGCGCAGGUCCACACUUCAACCCUCAUGACAAAACUCAUGGUGGGCCAACCGAUAGUGUGAGACACGUCGGAGACCUGGGUAAUGUGACUGCUGAUGCCAGUGGUGUUGCAAAAAUUGAAAUCGAGGAUGCGAUGCUGACUCUGUCAGGCCAACACUCUAUUAUUGGGAGGACCAUGGUGAUCCAUGAGAAGGAGGAUGACUUGGGUAAGGGUGGCAAUGAGGAAAGUCUUAAAACUGGCAACGCUGGCGGUCGUCUGGCCUGUGGAGUGAUCGGCAUCACUCAGUGAAUCAGCUCAAAUGGAAAUAUUGGUGACCAAUGUGGAUGCCUCUGUAAGCACUUAGCCCGCUGACAAUUACAUCUCUAUUUUUGCUAGUUAACAUUGAAAGAAUUGUACUUUAGCCUUGUUAAGCUGUUUUUCUGUGCAUUUCUAUGUGGGCAACCUUUUAUUUGUUAUCUGCUUAAUUAAUUAAACAUUGAGCAGACUAGAAA